AAUCAGUAUGCGUCUGGGCGUUGUCUCAACAUGUUCAAUUUGCCAGCGUUCGUUUGCCUGCUGCUAUGUGGAUCUGUCCUGGGCAUUGAGGUGGACCUAGAGUUGGGCCGUAUCAGGGGCAUCAAUCUGACCUCUCGGCUGGGCGUGCCCUUUCAUGCAUUUCGAGGCAUACGCUAUGCGGAGCCGCCUUUGGCUGAGCUGCGUUUCAAAAAUCCUCAACCCGUAAGGCCUUGGGCACCAGUGACGUUAGAUGCCAGCCAGGACGGACCAAUGUGUCCGCAGCCGUGGAAUAAUAUGACAGAUGUGUCCGAGGACUGUCUGCGUUUGAAUGUCUACACAAAGAGUGUCAAUUCAAGCACUCGUUUACCGGUGAUUGUGUUUCUGCAUCCCGGCGGUUUCUAUGUCUUCUCCGGGCAGAGUAAAUACUUUGCCGGCCCAGCACAUUUAAUGGACCGCGAUUGUGUACUUGUCACGCUCAAUUAUCGGCUGGGCAGCCUGGGCUUUUUAGCCACGGGCAGCGCUGAUGCCCCCGGCAAUGCUGGCCUUAAGGAUCAGGUGCUGGCGCUGCGCUGGAUACAGCAGCACAUCCAUCGCUUUGGGGGCGAUGCCAACUCAGUGACGCUGUUGGGCUACAGUGCCGGCAGCUUGAGCAUUGGCCUGCACAUGUUGUCACCAAUGUCGCGAGGUCUCUUCCAUCGCGGCAUCUGCAUGAGUGCCUCGCCGUAUGGCCAGUGGGGCUACGACGAGUCGGAUUUGGGUCUGGCGCAGAGACAGGCGCGUCUGCUGAAGUGUCCGGAGCAGCCAGCCAAGGAAUUGGUCAGUUGCCUGCGUGGUAAGCCAAUGUUGGAUUUUGUAAGUACAUAUAAUGGUAUGUUUGAGUUUGGCUGGAAUCCGGUGCUCAACUGGCGGCCAGUCAUCGAACAGGAUUACGGGCAGGAGCGUUUUCUGGUCGAGCAUCCGUAUAAAACGGCACAGAGUGGCCAAUUCUACAAGGUACCCCUCAUCACGGGCAUCACCGAAUUCGAAUUUCUUUCUGGCGCAUUCUUUGAUCUGCGCAAUGAGAGCAUACGCACGCAGCUGAAUAACAACUGGGACCACUUGGCACCCAUUGCGCUGCUCUACGAACGGGAUACGCCCCACUCAAAGAAAGCCAGCACUGUGCUGCGCCACGAGUAUCUGGGCAACGGACCCAUUGCGAAUCCUGAAUCCCUGCAGGGCUUGGGCAGACUCUACAGUGAUGCCCUGAUUGGCGUCGAGUAUCAUCGCUUUAUGCGCCUUAUGUCCCCACAUACGCCCAUUUACACGUAUUACUUUCGCUACAAGGGACGUUAUAGCUUCUUAAAGCAUCCCGACACCAAUCAAACAUUUGGCGCUGUGCACCACGAUGAGCUCUUGUACUUGUUUCACGUACCGAUCCUAACUCCACUCUUCAACCAGACUGAUCCCGAGAAUUUGAUAAUUGAACGACUCACGCGCAUGUGGACAGAGUUUGCCAGGAAGGGUGAUCCACACAAUGCCACCGAUAAAUACUUGUGUGAUCUUCACUGGCCUCUGUACAAUCCUGAUGAUCGCAAAUAUUUAGAAAUCGAUGUAAAUCUGUCUACAAAAACUGGUAACAUAAAUGAAGAACGUUACAGAAUUUGGGAUAACUUGUUUGCUUAUCCGUCUUUCUGAAUAGGUUAUUCUAUUGGAAUAACAUUUAUAUAUAUAUUCGUUCGUUAUAAAUCAUUUGAAUGCACAAUAUAUUUUAAAUAUUUUAAAUUUUAAUAUUAUUCACUGCAUGACUUGAACGACAAAUUAGUUAUAUAGUAAACAUAUUCUUGCUAUAUAUGUACAUAGAUAUGCCAAGUUAUUUCUUAUAUCAAUAUAGGUUUUCAAAUAAAUGAAAGAGUUGCGCAAA